AUGCCAGGGGGACAGGUCCUGCUGCUGCUCGUGGGGCUGGCAGGUGUUGCAGGGCAGGAGCAGAAGCAGACCCUGGGUGGGAGCCAUGCCUCAGUCAUCACCGUGUCCAACGGGGGACCCUGGGGAGAUUGGACCUGGCCAGAGAUGUGCCCCAAGGGCUCCUUCGCCACCGGUGUCAGCUUCAAGGUAGAUCCGCCCCAGGGACCGAUAAAGGACGACACAGCUCUCAAUGGGAUCCGGCUGCACUGCUCCCACGGUGAUGACCCCAAAGGUGGCAACACAGUUGAGUCCCAGAGUGGCAGAUGGGGCCAGUGGUCAAAGCCCCUCUGGUGCCCCAAGGGAGAGCACUUGGUGAGAUUUGCACUGAAGGUCCAGGAACCCCAGCGCAGUCUCCUGAGGGAUGAGGUGGCUGCAACCAGCGCCCGCUUCGCCUGCUCUGAUGGGCACAUCCUGGAGGGGCCAGAGUUUGCCCAGGGCCAGUGGGGAAACUGGAGCCCCAAAUGCUGUAAGGCAGUGUGUGGCAUCCAGACACGACAGGAUCCUGCCUGGUGGCUGAAAAUGGAUGACACGGCCCUGAAUGACCUGCGUCUCCUCUGCUGUAGCUAG